AUGUCUACUCAAAAUGUUGAAACUCAUGAUGCUAUUAAACAAAGCAAAUGCUCACCUAAGGAAACCGCUCUCUCUCUUUCUUUAAAUGAAGAAAUGCCAAUAGAUGAAGAUAAUAGUGAUAUUG